AUGUAUAAACGUGAAGGAGAGCAACAUACAUAUUUCUUCACUAAAAGAAAUAGGAAAUAUCCAAAAGGAGAACGUCCAGAUCGUGGUGUUAGAGGUUUUGGUUUCUGGAAAGCUACUGGAAUUGAUCAUCCAAUAAAUGACAAUGGCACUAUAAUUGGAUUUAAAAAGACUUUGGUAUUUUAUAGAGGAAAUCCUAAAGGUGGUGACAAAACUAAUUGGAUUAUGCAAGAGUACACCAUAAAUAUUGAGAAUAUUGAGAGCACAAGUACAACUCCUACUUCUCAGUUGAAUAAUUGGGUGAUUUGCAAGAUUUAUGAGCAUAAGCGUGGAGAUGCAAUUGGAAAAGCUAAAAAAAGGAAGCAUGAAAAUGAAAAUCUCGAAGGUGAAAAUAUGGAAGAAGUCAUUCCUACUCCAAAUUCAUCUCCAUCUACUCCUCUCACUCCUACCGCCACUUCUCCUCCUCUGUCUCCAUCUACUCCUCCCACUCCUGCCGCCACUUCUCCUCCUCCGCCCUUGCUUCCGGAGAUGUCUUCUAAUGACAUUGACAUGGCUAAUUUUCAAAAUGGCGAUUAUGAUAUAUCUUCUAUUUUAAACUUUGAUCAAAAUUUAGAAAAUGAAAUGUUUGAUAUAGACCAAUUGUUGGAUAGUUAA